AUGAAAUCUUAUGCUAGAUGCUCUACCACAAAUGCUGAUUUUGCUGAAACUCAUAAUGAUAGGUUAGAACAUUUAAGUCAAGAACAAAGAGAAAGAAAAGCUGAUCUAAGAAAGAGAAAAUUUGAAUUGAUUAAUAGUUCAGCAUCAUGUGAAAUUUCUAAAAAGAUUAAAUCUAUAUUUCAUAAAAAACCUGAAGAUGUUUCUAUUAGAAUUGUGGAAAUUUCAAAAGGUAGAACUAUUGGUGAUUUAUGGAGUGAUAAUAGUUAUGAUGUUGAAAAUGACGUUGAUGUUAAAGAUGAAGUUCGUGUUAAAGAUGAAGCUAAUGUUAAAGAAGAAGUUGAUGUUGAACCAAUUAAACUUGAACCUAAUACCAUGGAGGAUGAUUCUACUCAUAUUAAAUCAGAAGUUGAAGUUAUAGAUCUAACAUUAGAACCAACACCAGAGCCAACAUCAACUCUUGAGCAAGAUUCUGCAAAACCAAUCCCAUCACCAAUAUCAAUUCCACAAAGUGAUGAAUCAGUCAAACAAUUAUCAACUAAAGAUUCACAAAAUCAUGAUUCAGAAUUAUCGCAAUCACCAGUUGACUCACCAGUUCAAUCACCAGUUCAGCCACCUGUUGAAACAACCGCUCAGCCAACCUCUCAACCACCAGUUCAAUCACUAGUUCAAUCACCAGCUCAUUCACCAGUUGAUUCAACCGCUCAGUCAACCACUCAAUCACCAGCUCAAUCAUUAGUUGAACCUUCCAUUCCAGAACUUAUUACAAAAUCAAUACAACAAUCAACCUCAGAACAAACCUCAAAAUUAAAUGAGCAAGCUUUUUCAGCAAAGGCUCUUAAACCAACUUCAUUACAAUCAUCAGUACCACAAACUCAAUCAGAACCUCAGAUCUCACAACAAGCACAAGUAUGUUUAGCUCAAACCCCUCAAAAUCAAGUUCCACAUCAAGAUUCGUCUGAUAAUGAAGCUCGUAUUGAAGUUCGUUCUUUAAGAAAUCAAACUAUUGGUGAUAUGAUGAAAAGUAGAUCCUUUGAAAAUGAAAUUGAAGCUUUAAAAAUUCAACAAAGAGAAAAAAUUAAUCAACAACAGUCACAAGGUUUACAAAAUCAAACCUUUUCAUACCCUCUGAUGCAAGCUCGUUCUCAGAAUCAAGUACAGGAAAAAGAAAAUGAUCAACUAAAGAAUCAAUGUUAUUCACAAGCUCAUGAUAAAUCAAGAGAUAAACCACAAGAUCAAGCUGACCUCAAUCCUCAACAUCAAGCUCCAUUACAAACUCAAGCAUAUCAUAAUUUACCACAACAAAAUGGUAAGCAAAACCCAGCUUCUAAUAAAAAACAACCACAAGGUUUAAAUCAACAGCAUCAACCACAAUUUCAAGCUCCGAUUAAUCAACAGCAAAUGUUACAAUACCAAAGAGCUUUUCAACAACAACAGUUUCAAUCUCAAGCACCUGUCCAUCAACAGCAAUUUCAACCUCAAGUUCCAGUCCAUCAACAACACUUUCAACCUCAAGCUCCAGUCCAUCCACAAUUUCAACCUCAAGCUCCAGUCCAUAAACUACAACAGCAACAUCUACACAAUCAAUUACCAGGCCAAGCUAUAAACUAUCAACCACAAUACCAAGCCCUACCACAAGCUCAAAUCUUUGAUCAAUCACAACGGUUGCAACCUCAAGCUCAGAGUCAAAGCCCAAACCAAUAUAUUGGAGACCAAUCUAUACAUUCUAAAGAAAUCAUAAAAUCAUUGUCACCAGCUCAAAUUCAAAACAAAAUAGAUGAACUAGAAUCUGAAGCUCAAAGACAGGAAGAUGGGACAUCAGUGCUAUUUCAAACUUUGUCGGAGAAAGUAUCACUAAUCCAGGUUACAUCAAAGGAAAUGAGUGAUCUUAAACAAAUCGUUGGAAGCCAAUCUACCACUCAUUUAGCAAACAAAAAAUCAAUAACACCAGCUCAAUUUCAACCCAAGCAAAAAUUGAUUGAAUUGGAAUUAAAAGUUUUCAAAUUAAAAGAUGAAUAUUACAGUAUCCACGAAGAUUAUUUGGAAAAAAGAGCACAACGUUCAAAAACGGUUGAUGCUAAGAAAUUUAUUUAUGGUCAACCAGCUUAUAAUAUUACGGAUUCAUUAGCUAUUGGUGAAAGUUUUAAUGGUUGGAUUAAGACUUUACCUAGUGAAAGAUCUCGUAAAAGUGAACGUCGCAAAAUAUUUGCAAUUGAUUGUGAAACGGUUCUUUGUGAUGGUAAUGUUAUUCAAUUAGGUCAAGUUUCAAUAAUCAAUUGGCAAAAUGAAGAGAUUUUAACAGUUUAUGUUAAACCUGAUUUAAAAGUCAAGAAUUAUAAUACCAAAAUAACUGGAUUAACUAAAGAUUUAUUGUUUAAUAAUCCUGAUGCUUGGAGUUUUAAACAAGUUCAAAAUUUUAUCUUGGAAACAAUUAAAACAAGAGAUAUUAUUGUAGGUCAUGCAAUUCAUAAUGAUUUAAAUUAUUUAAAAUUAGUUCAUCCAAGAAUUAUUGAUACACAAAUUUUAUAUCCAAAUUUUAUUAAUUCAUCAAAAUCAUUUUUCGGUUCACGUCCAUCAUUAAAAAAUUUAAGUAAGAAAUAUUUGUUGAAAGAUAUUCAAAUUGGACCUCAUGAUCCAAUGAUAGAUGCUAAAUCAACUUUAGAUCUUGUUAAAGUUUUAAAUUAUACUCAUAAAUUAAGACAAAGACCAAUUAAACGUUUAUCAAACCAACCAAAAAGACCAAUUAUUGAAAAUUCUAAUGUUGAAGAUGAUGAGUCUAAAUGUCAAAAUGAUAAGGUUAAACCAAAAACAGUUAUGAUUGCACACCUUCGUGCUGUUAACAAUCAAAGAUAUUUUCAAAUGAUUUGA